AUGGCGCCUGAUUGCACCCCAGAGGCCCCUGGAAAUGCGGGAACCCGGCUCCCCAGGCCCAGACGAGGAGGAGGCGGCGCACAUCUCGCCCCGCCCGGAUGUGGCACCCACCCUAGCCCAGACUUGCAGGAGUUCCCCACCCACAGCCCAACCAGAUGUGCAGGAGGCAGUGGCGAUGGGGACAGACUGGGGUCCAUGUCCUACCCAGUGACCAGUCAGCCCCAGUGCGCUAGCAGCUGCUACCAGACCCAGCUCAGCGACUGGCACACGGGACUCACGGACUGCUGCAACGACAUGCCCGUCUGUCUGUGCGGCACUUUCGCCCCCCUGUGCCUCGCCUGCCGCAUCUCCGACGACUUCGGGGAGUGCUGUUGCGCGCCCUACCUGCCCGGAGGCCUGCACUCCCUGCGCACCGGCAUGCGGGAGCGCUAUCACAUCCAGGGCUCCGUCGGGCACGACUGGGCGGCCCUCACCUUUUGUUUGCCCUGCGCCCUCUGUCAGAUGGCGCGGGAAUUGAAGAUCCGGGAGUAAAACAGCUCCCCGCGUCUCCUCCUUUUCCACCUGUCACGCCCGGCCCCCU